CGCAAGAAAUCUCAGCUAAACCGACAGAACAUUGUACUGAUACCUCUGGGUGAUGACUUUCGGUAUGACAAGUCCAAUGAAUGGGACCUGCAGUAUCAGAACUACAAGAAGCUGUUUGACUACAUGAACUCCCAUCCAAAAAUGAAAGUUGAUAUUAAGUUUGGAACUUUGUCUGACUAUUUCAAUGCAAUCUACAAGAAGCAUAAAAUUGCACCUGGGGAUCCUCCCCAAACAUACCUUCACUGUCAGGUGAUUUCUUCACCUAUGCUGAUCGAGAUGACCACUACUGGAGUGGCUACUAUACCUCGCGCCCCUUCCAGAAGGUUCUUGACCGAGAGAUGGAACACCAGCUGCGGGGUGCUGAGAUCCUUUUCUUCCUGGUCAGUCGAUACCUUAAGAUACAUGAUGGCAGCAAAUUCCCUCUCAUAGAGUUCAUGCAGAGUCUGGUUAAUGCUCGACGGAACCUUGCACUGUUUCAGCACCAUGAUGGUAUUACGGGGACUUCCAAAGACGUCGUAGUUGACGACUAUGGUGACAGGUUGCUGACUGCUAUGAUGGAGAUGAAGAGACUGACAACAGAAUCCAUCACAUUUUUAAUGAUGAAGGAGAAAAGCAAAUACAGCUACUCCAAAGAAAAACCUAUGUUUAAUGUUGAUGAAAAAAGGGAGAAGCAUUUUUCUAUACCAGAACGUUCUGUUUUGAAAAUAAGUGAUACUCCUCAGUAAGUAACAAUUGGUAAUACACCUCUGUAAAUUAUAAUUGCAGGUACUCUAAAUGCUUUUGUGAGUAGAAUUUGUUUGUCCC